ACCGUCUCAUUGUUUGGGGACGGGAACGAGACCGAGAACGGAUAUAUCAAACCGCUCUUUAACCGGUUUUCUGCAAGUGUGCACAUUGAUUUGAGGGGGAAUUUGUCUAAAACUUUCUUUGUGACUAGUGCCCAAGUAGGAAAAAAUACAGUAUCUUCGCCAUUAUCAGCUUUAAUGCCGCUAGCCAAGUUGGCACUAGGUGCUGAGGGUCUCGCCCGAGACGAAUUGCUAGCAGCUAUUGGUGUUUCCAAGGUGUUUAAGGUGUUCAAUAUUCGUAUUCGUUUCCAACCGCUCAAAACCGAACUGCAAAACUUACCUGGUGGGAGGUUGAAUGUAGCAAGCAGACUCUACGUCUCCCAAAACGCUCAACUGCGCGGGCGGUAUCUGGACCAGGUCGUGGAAAUAUUCAAUUCCAGUGUGGUGCAACUUGACUUUGAAUACCCCACGUACGCGGCGGACCAAAUCAAUUCAUGGGUGUCAUCGCAAACUAACUUCAUGAUCCGAGAUAUCGUUGCUCCUUCCGACAUAGCUCCGUCAACUUCUUUGUUGAUUGUCAACGCUGUAUAUUUUAGUGGCAGAUGGAAAGAAGCUUUUGACCGAGUGGAGAACAAAACUUUCCAUUGUCCACUGGGACGACAAUCCGUACCGAUGAUGUCAAGAACGGGGGAUUAUAACUUUACAACAAGUGAUGUCCUAAAUGCUAAUAUAAUCAAAAUACCAUACAUGGGUGAAAAGGCAUCAUUUGUAAUAGUUCUACCGAAAGCACGAGAAGGGUUGUCAAUUUUAUUAAGCCAGUUAAGGUUGGCUCCAGAAUUGUUGGACUCGGCUAUGUCUAACAUGGUAGAGAAGAGAGUUGAGUUAACACUCCCUAAGUUCAGGAUAGAGUCCCAAUUGAAUUUAAGGGAGUUGUAUGAAGAGGCUGGCGUAAAGCAAAUUUUUAAGACAAAGAACUCUGGCCUUUCUAAAAUUAUAAGAAAUGAACAUUUAUUCGUCUCAUCCGCGAAACAGAAAGCUUUCAUUGAGGUCCACCAAUAUGGUUCUGAAGCAGGUGCUUCUUCAGCAUUGAAUAUGGCGAAGUUGUCGCAUGAAAAAGCUGAAACGUUUAACGCCGAUCAUCCUUUCCUGUUCUUUAUUUUAAUGAAUAAGCAUCAGCUGUUUUCUGGCACAUUGUUUCAAACGUUGAAAUAUAUUUUAGGUACGCACCAUCGGACAGAUGAUAGUUUGGUCGAAACUGACUACAAGGAUGACAGCAAAAAACCACUAGAUUUUUUGAUGAAUGUGAACAAUGAAGCCAAAGAUUAUUUCCUACCACCCGUAUUUCCUAGCAACGAAGAAGAAGAAGAAGAUGACGAAGAGGAAGAUGAGCAAACAUAUUUAGAUUACGAUUAUGAAAACAAAGAAACAAAUUAUAAAGAUUCACCCGACGUAGUUACAGCUAAAAGUAAUACACAUGAUGUAUUGCCCAUAGAUGAUAAAAUAACAUUGCAUACUACAAAAGAUAAUUUACCUGUUUUUCUAUUGGAACCAGAAAAUACUUAUGUUGUUAAAAAUAAACCAGCUACGCUAAAGUGUCGCGCUGCAAAUGCACUAGAAGUUUACUUUAAAUGCAAUGGGAUAAAAACACAAGCGUCAAACUUCGAAUUUGUCGAUCCGCAAACCGGCGUUAGAAUUAUUGAGGGAGAGUAUAAAGUUACGAGAGAACAAGUUGAGGAGUAUUUUGGCACUGAGAAAUACCAAUGUUCCUGUUUUGCUUGGACGAGCAGAGGACAGAUAAGAAGUCAACCAGCUACUGUUGAGCUUGCUUAUAUAAAGAAGCAUUUCUCAGUAGCUCCACAAUCGCAGUUAGCGAAACAAUACACGCCAGUGACGUUUAGAUGUGAACCACCCCAAGCUGCUCCCUUUGCUCAACUAUAUUGGCUAAAGAACGGAGCUCCAGUUGUGGUAGACGAUAACGUCCAAGUUUCUAAGGAAGGCGAUUUGGCUAUCAAACAGGCGUCCUUGCAAGACAUGGCAAACUACACCUGCGUCGCGGAGAAUUUAGCCGGCAAAAGGAUGUCUGAACCGGCGCUCCUCACUGUAUUUGUAAAUGGAGGAUGGACGGCUUGGUCCACAUGGGCAGACUGUUUCUGCGUGGGACAAGUUCGAGAACAUCCGGAGGGCCGCGGUAGAAGACGAAUACGGACGUGUACUGCUCCACGUCCUUUAAAUGGGGGGCAACCUUGCAUAGGACCCAGUGUGCAAAAGACCCAAGAUUGUCUUGAUUGUGAUUUGGACGCGUACGUGGAUAGUUUGGACGAGUUGGCCGACGAAUCAUCCGGUAUAAUCUUGGGUCGUUGGUCGCAAUGGUCUGAAUGGUCCCGGUGCGACUCCGACUGCCUGCAUACAAGAAGAAGACGAUGUAUAACAAGUACUGCUUGUCUCGGCAAAGAUUAUCAGGUUGCACAAUGUCCUUUAUGUGUUAGAACAUCUAAAUCUGAUAUUAUAUACGACGGAUCUUCAUAUUGGCCACUUUUGAUAGCAUUAUCAAUAGCAUUCCUAAUAUUUAUUGUCGUUGUUAUAUUGGGAAUAAAAUAUAUGAAGAUAAAAAUGGCUGAAAACUCUCCAUAUACGAAACCACCACCAGGUACAAAUUACUUUGGAAACGUCAUAAAAAGGACACUAACAAACCAGCCUGACUUGACAAUUCAUGAAGAGUUUCAUACAGUAGACUCGAGACGGACGCACAGACAAACAAGUACGUCUACAAACCCUCGCCACGAACAUUUUUAUGAAGUGCCUCAGUUGGCAAACAGCUACAUCACCCCAAUAGAUCACGACAGAGAGGUAAGAGCUCUUGGCGCAGAGAGUUUUGCUUGCAAGGACAAGGAGUCAGACCGUUCUGACUCCAGCUGCUUUUUGAGCUCAGGUUCAUCAUACGGGAAUCAGAGUGUAGAGAUGUCGCCAUCGCUUAAAAACAAUGCUUCUGUAGAUUCAAAAUUCCUUAACUCCCAAUAUUUGGAAACUGCUACGUCUAAAAUCGUUAAUAGCGACGGUGAUUGGCUUAAUUUGGACAAAUGUGGAGUUAGACUUUUUGUACCCGAUGGCGUGGUUGAGAAAGGAGAAGAACUUUUCUCCAUUGAAGUCACAGAUGAGGAAUGGAAUAAGCCUCUCUUACAUGAAGGUGAAACACAGCUAAGUCCUGUAAUUAGAUGUGGACCAAAAAACUUCCACUUUUGUAAAGGAGUUGUUCUAACAUUUCCACAUUGUGCAGCAUUAAAGAAUUCUGGAUGGGUGCUCUCUAUUCUCCAGAAACCUGAAGAAAUAAACUCAAGAGAGUGGAGGAAAGUUCUGACUCUUGAUCAAGAGACUCCUGGAACUCCUCUUUUCGCACAAGUCGAUCCUGCAAAAGUGUAUCUUGUUUGUGAAUUUUUAAGUGACUAUGUUCUUAUUGGUAGAAGCUUUAACGCAUUGGAUGCCAAAUUGUUGAAAUUAGCUCUAUUUUUUAGUAAACGAAUCGAUGGAUAUUAUAAUCUUCAUUUACAUGCUUUUAAUGAUACACCUUACGCUUUCUAUGAAUGUUUUGAAAGUGAAAAGCGCACAGGUGGCUUUCUGCUUUGUGAUCCAAAAACAAUUUACUUUCAUGAGAAUUCGUCGGAUUUAUGCGUCAAUAUUAGGGAUGUAGGAGUGGGUUGGAAGAUUCAAUCCGGAGGAAAAUAUCAAGAACUAUCCUUCAGCCACUUGUGGAACAUGAACGUCAGCUCUUUACAUUGUAGCUUCCUUCUGCAACAGAUAGACGCAAUAAAUAGCCUAGAUUUAAACAUCACGGUUUAUCAGAAGCACAAACAAUCCAGUUCAGUCAACUUUAAUUUAAAAGCUAAUGAUAUCAAUUCGAAUUUCAAUUGUAAUAAACGCUUCAGCUACUCGGGUGUUGAUAUGGGUUACAGUGUUAAUAUUCUCGAGAAUCCAUUCAACUAUUUAUCAUUAUCAAAAAAAGAGGGACGGUUAGAUUUCGUGUACAAAAAUAAUGGUAUGCGAAGGAGUAGUCUUACCGUGGACAAUAACUACUAUAGAUCUAAUAUUUUAACAAAAUCUGAUCGAGUUAUUCUUUGUAAGCUACUGGAUUGUCAGACUUCGAAAGGAAACGAUUGGAGAUUGCUCGCCGAGAAGUUAAAACUUUCGUCUUUUUACUAUUAUUUCUCUAAUACUUGCUCUCCAACUGAGAAUAUUUUAAAUCUUUGGAUAUGUAGGAACAACGAUGUAAGUAUGUUAGUGAGUUUAUCGAGAAUAUUUAGGGAGAUGUCUAGGAUUGAUUGCGCCACAGUUGUUGAGAGACGCUGUUUUCCUAAUUAGACUGAACUUUUUUGAAAGUCUAUUUUUUCACUCUAGUCAUUGUAU